AGUGUAUUUCCAGUAAUCACUGACGACUCUGCACAUCGCGCCCGUCGUAACAGUACCUACCGGUACUCCUACCUGUGGACACCAACUUCCCACUACAGCAGCUGCUAUUCUAACGGGGAUUGAUGGCAGGUACGGUGGGAGUGGCUAUAUUACCCCUCACAGUGGAUUCCUUCAGUAGACUAGAACUUCAACUCUACAACAUUAAUACAAUCCCCUUGGCAAUCCAAACAUUUAUCAAUACCGAGUUCAUUUUUCCUCUAUCGUAGUAGUCAUUAAACAAGUGGAGGCCUUUGGCGCCGGCUAGCUCACCACCCUCGUUCCUAGCAGUGCUAUCACAUCUAAGGAGCAAUUUAGGUAGGGGAGGGGUAAACCGCUUUAUUCAGGUCUAACCAGCUUACCUCAUCAUUUGUGGCGGUCAGAGUCCCAUCUCCGUCAUAUUUGUCUCAUCCCCUAAUCGUUCCCUUCAAUUCCCAUGCCAUUCCGAAAACUCUUUCCUAUCGCCUCGACCACGUCCUGAAAGCAUAUUCUCCUUACUAUGCAAUAUCAGCAUCGGUCUCUUCUACUAUAUAUCUAGUCUUAGAGCCGACACUAAGCCGACGAUAUGACAUCCCAAGCCUCCAAGUCGAUCACUGGGGACGAUAUGAGGGCCGCGGCUAAGGCCGAACAGUUUUAGCUCUAACAUGGGGCGAGUGGAAACCUGGAGGUGGGAAUUGUUGGAUUGGGGCGGCGCAUAGAGAACCGGGAACCACGAAUAUGUCUAGGUACAGGUUAUGUGAUGGGUCUCAUUCCGUCUGCGGCGGAACCCGGUGAUAUUAUUGUCCGUUUCUGGAAUUGCGACGCCGCGGUCGUGAUGAGACCUCUGAAAACGAUCCCGACUGACCCUAAAACGCCGGUUUCUUGGAGUCUUAUUGGCAGAGCACAUGUAGCUGAGGCCUAUAAUCGAAGAUCGACGCCUGGCUAUGACGUGCGUGCAGAACAAUGCCUUCGAGGAAAAGCUGAAUCUGGACUUUCGGAGGAGUUGCCUGGUCAUUUCGGCGCCGUAUAUGUCAACUUUGACUUGCCCACUUUGCAGAAAGUCACUGCAUGCAUCACCACGUAAGACUUGUGAUAUUCUAUUAGAGCGCCGCCCAAAUACAAGGUUAUGGAUAAGGGAUGGUGAUAGCAGGUGCACGUUGAGCUGCACCUCCGUGUUGGGAGAGAAAUGACACGGUCAAAACCGAAGGCGGCUGGAGGCCAUUCUAGAAUAGCUCUAGCACAAUCAUUGUAUUAAAGGCUCUACUAUACAGAUUAAAGGGCUUAGCAAUAGCUUUAAAUUACCAGAAAUCCUCUAAGGGCCUCUAGGGCCAUAGUCUCUCCUCUUG